AACUCCUGGCCUCAAGUGAUCCUCCUACCUUGGCCUCCCAAAGCCUUGGGAUUACAGACAUGAACUCAUUCCUAGGUGGCACUUGAAUUCCCGUUCCAAGAUCUGGAGAAAUCUGACCCAAAGAAAGCUUUGCUCAAAGACCUUCUUGGCCGUGUUGGGGUCAGACUUGGACUGAGGUUUCUGAGGAAGCAGUAGAGUGGCCGGAGCCAGUUGGUUCAGAACCGAGAUCACCUCUACAAUUUCCUGCUCCUCAAGAUCAACCUCUUCAACCACUGGGUGUCGGGGCUGGCCCAGGAGGCAGGGGGGACCUGUAACCGGCAGGCCCACCUACCCCUGGGAGUUGCAGCCUGCCCCCUGGGCCAGGCUCUCCAGGCUGGGCUGGCUCUGACACAGGUCCCUGUCUGGCUGGUACUGCAGGGACCCAGGCUGAUGUGGGCUGGCAUUCGGGGCGGCACCAGGGCGCUGGGCCUGGCCUUGCUGGGUGCCUGGGAGGGGCUGGGCCUGUCUGUGGCCAUCUGGACGGACCUGCUUUCGUUGUGUCUGCGUGGCCUGAUGCUGGUGGCCUUGCUGCUGGUGGUAGUCGCUUGGAGGGUGUGUCAGAAGGCCUGCUGCUCCCAACUGGGCUGGCAGCUCAGUAAGGCCUUGCAAGUGAACUGGCUGGUGAGGGAGCUCCUGGCGCAGCUGAGACGCCUGUAUUGGUGGGUGGAGACUAUGACUGCGCUCGCCUCCUGGCACCUGGCCUAUCUCAUCACCUGGACCACCUGCCUGGCCUCCCACCUGCUGCAGGCUGCCUUUGAGCACACCACCCAGCUGGCCCAGGCCCAGGAGGUUGAACCCCAGGAGGCCUCGGAGUCUUCCUUGCUGCCUUCACUGUCUGGGUCCUUGGCCUCAGAGUCUGGACCAGUUUUGCCAGAGCAAGGAACUCCCAGAGAAUAAAUGUAUCCUCAGCUGCC